AUGGCCCCGUCUAGGUUGCAUAGUAGGGUCAGUACACAGUAGUAUUUUUUAAAAAUUAUCUUAUUUUAACGAGGUAACUAUCUGCAUUAGAUAGCUAGCCUGGUAGCUAGCUGGACAGUGAGGUUACAACAUUGUAUCCAUUGUGCAAACAUGGCAAACUCAGGGUACUUCAUGUACUUUGCUUUUGGAAGUAAUUUGUUGAAGGAAAGACUGCAGUUGAAGAAUCCGUCGGCGACAUUUCAUUGCAUCGGCAGAUUAAAGGAUUAUGUCCUCAAUUUUGGAUUUCAAGGAGCGCGACUGGACAAUAGGUGGCAUGGUGGCGUGGCCACCAUAGAAGAGAGCGUAGGGAAUGAUGUCUGGGGAGUCGUCUGGAAGAUGAGCAAUGACAAUCUCGCCAGUUUAGAUAAGCAGGAGGGUGUGGACAUCGGCAUGUAUCGCCCCCUGGAAGUGAAAGUGGACACAGACGAAGGAGAGGUCCUCUGUCGCACGUAUCAGAUGAACGAUUUCUCGGCCACCCUCCCGUCCCCUCAGUAUAAGGAGGUUGUAUGCCUUGGAGCCCAACAGAAUGGCUUACCUUUGAAUUACAUCAAGAAACUGCAAGCGGUGGAGACAAACAGCUACAGUGGGCCUUCCAUCUUAGAUGAUAUCAAAGAGACAAUGAAGUAGUGGUGGGAAAGACUGUGUGACUGCAAAGUGCUUGAGACUAGACUGGGUCAUUUGGAAGGGAGUGAGGGCAGAGUACAUCUCCAUGCGUCUCGAGAAAACCACCUUUGUGGUUCUGAGUGACGUUGAUACAGGAUCUCUGUAGAAGCUAGGCCUCACAGUGCAAUCUCAGCGUGCUACACAAGGUACUUUGUAGACAGCGUUCAAAUCCUCUGCUUGUUGAAGGGAAUUGAGUAUAAUUUUCUCUCUAUUUGCAAUUUUUGAUGAAAUAAAUGGUAAAAGAGUAACAGUGAAAUUGCAAGGAUGUAUUUAGGCCAGAUGUAAACAUGUUGUCUUUGAUUGACUUAUGUCUUAUGCACUAUCUGAACCAGUCAGAUGCAACUCUUUAAUCAUGUGUGUAGAGCAAAGCAGCUCAAAAAAUGCUAUGAGAAAGUGUCAGUACAGCACUUGAUCACUUUUUGAUCACAAUGUUGAACCAUUUCCUUUUUAUAAUGUGAAAUGUGAACAGAAGGGCAGCAGGAAACUUUUACGGAUGUCUAUCAUGUAAAAUGUUAUUUUAAUAUGGUGAUGUAGACUAAAAAGUUAAG